AUGCCAAAAAGAAAGAAGAAUAAGAAGUAAGGUUAUGAUUUAUAUCGAAAACACAUUUUUUAAUAAAUUUUAUACAUUAUUCUUGAUAUAUUGAUCUGUUCUCAUCUAUAGUAUUGGCAAAAUGCCCAAAUCAAAAAAAAUUGACAGGAAAAAAGCUGUCACCUUCCAACUGGUACAUAGAAGUCAACAGGAUCCCUUAGUAGCCGACGAGAAAGCUCCACAAAGAGUAUUGGUACCAGUUGAAAACAAAGAAUCAAAGAGAAGUCGUGAAGAUCAGUUAGAAGAGCAACACAAAUAUGGCAUAUUUUACGAUGACGACUUUAACUACCUGCAGCACCUUAAAGACGUUAAAGAUCAUAAAAUGGAAUGGCCUGAACACGCCGAAGAGGAAUUGGCCAAGAGGCAGGAGCAAGCUAAAAUUAAAUUACCCUCGUCGGUGUUUGCGUCUGAAGUUGAGGAAGAAAUCGGAAUGUUGAACAAAGCUGCACCCGUGUCAGGGCCUCAGUUGCAUCUUGAUCCUGACGUUGUUGCUGCUAUGGAUGACGAUUUCGACUAUUCCGAUCCCGAGAAUCAACUGGAAGACAACUUUAUAGAACUGGCCAAUGGUAUAGCUUCUGAUCAAGAAUUUGAUGUAGACGAGGAAAUCGAAGUGGAUUCGAACUUCGACAAUGAAGAAGCAGACGAAGUGGGUUCUUUAUCAGGGUCCCAACAGUCUUUUAAUGAUGUGGAGACCAAAUCUAGAUUUACCAAUUAUUCCAUGACGAGUUCCGUAAUGAGGCGUAACGAACAACUCACUCUGUUGGAUGAACGAUUUGAAAAGAUGUAUGCUGCUUACGAAGAAAACGAAAUAGGUGCCUUAGAUUGUGAAGAAAUAGAAGGUUUUGUUCCUGAAAAUUCCGAUAUUCUACUCCAGUACGCAGAUGAAUUUGAAAAGUCUCAAAAAAGGGAACAAAUGGAUAAAGACAAUGUCACAAAUAAAAUCAAGGAACAGUUAGACAAAGAAUCGGAGGAAGAAGAUGACGAAGAGUUCGAAACAGUCCCUGUACCAGAAAAAGAACAAUGGGAUUGUGAAAGUAUAUUAAGCACCUAUUCGAAUCUCUACAACCAUCCGAAACUGAUCAGCGAACCCAAAAAAGGGAAAAUCAUAAUCGACAAACAAACGGGAAUCCCGAAAAACGUUCUGGACUCCAACAAACUGACCACCAAAGCUUUAAAUGUGUUAAACGAACAGAACAAUGUUAACACAAAAGGACCGUCCUCUAUCGGAGGGCAGUCCGUCAUCUCCCAACUAUCAGUGUUGUCCAUUAGACCUAAAGACGAGAGUCCUGAUGAGAAGAAAGAGAGGAAAAAGAAUUUGAAGGAAUAUAGGAGAGAAAGGAGGAUAGAGAAGAAACUAAAUAAGGAAGCUUUCACGGAAGAAGCUAAACGUCAAGUGAAAAUGGCUAUUAAUAAUAGAAAUAAUGUACAGGGAAAUAAAAUUUUGUAAGUAACUUU